UUAGUGUUUGACUUGCAUUCAGUCGUCAAUCACUAUUGGUUUUUGUUUUAUUGUAAUACAAUAUAUAUCUAAGUAUCCAACAAACCCUAAAAUCCAAGUAUUAUUUUAAGUGAUUAACAAUUAAUAUUAAAGUAAACGAAAUGUCGGGACCACCGCCUCCUUAUAACCCAAAUCCAGGUCCAUACUAUCAAAGUGCACCCCCACCGCCACAACAAGGACCACCAUACCCGGGACAGCCUUACCAAACCUAUAAUCAGCCCUACCAACCGGGCACAUACACCCAACCACAACCCCAACCACCGCCACAACAAACUAUUAUAAUCCAUGAAAGAGAAGAACAGAGAAGAGAUGGUAUAUCUAAUGAGCAGUGCUGUUGUAUCGCACUGUUAGCCGGAUGUUGUCUCGGAUGUUGUUUGGAGUCGCUGUAGGAGUCGAUCUGGAGUUACCAAUCAAUUGAUAAUUAAUUAAUUAUGGAUUAUCUAAAAAAUGUGAAAUUUGUGUAAAUUUGAGUCCUGUAGACAAUUUUGUGAUUAUUUAUUAAAAAAAUAAGUGCCAUUUUGAUAAUUUUAAUAAAGUUUAUUAUUC